GGUACGUUGACUGGAUUUUAGCUAAAUCCGCUCCACAUCCUGUUUCAGUUUUGUUUACUUCCGGUUAUAAUUUGUUUCGUGAAAUUUAGUGAAUUUAUCUGAUUAUGCCUGUGCAAUUUAAGACUAGAACAGAUUAGAACAAAGAAUAUACUAGAAUAUAAACCAUGCCAGUGCAAAUUCAGAGCCAGUCUGCAGGUCAAAUGUCAUCAAAAUUGGUUGAACCAGCUUUACAAAGGAAAAAGAGAGUUCCAUUCCAUGCUGAUCAGCCGUUUACAAUGAAACCCACCCAGUGCGAGCCUCCACUCCAAAGCAAGAGAAGGACACCAGGGCCUGUCACUUCCCUUACCAAUGGUUUCUAUGAGAACGGUGCCGGUAAACAAGAUGAGUAUGCGUUGCUAGGCAACCAGGACAAGUUUUCAUCAAAUGUGAAGUACAGGCCUCGUAGUGCUGUCAACAACAGGGAUAUAUCUCCUCCUAAACAAAUGAAACUUCAGAAGCAAUUUAAAGAAAACCGGGACCCAAGCCCAGCUCCUGUUGUAAAUGUUGAUAAGUAUAAGAAACCCCCAACUCCAAUGGCACCAAGAGUGCCAAAGACUUCUGAUCCAGCUUAUCAAGAAAUAAAGGAAUCCAAUUUGAGAAAAGAACCCAAAGUAACAAGAAGUCCAAAACAGUCAAAGAGUGAACCUGUUGUAAGCAGGUCUAAAAAAGAAGAGUCUAACACGCAAAGUGUGGGAGAUGGUAAAGUAAAUGAACCUAACCAAGAAAAAGUAAAAUUGCAAGAGAUAAAGGUGGACAAAGGCCCUAAAGGACCCAGUGAACCCAAAGUGCAAAAAAUGGAAGAAAGUGAUGUUCAUUUAAGUGCAUCAAAAGAGGAAGAGGUUAAAAACCUGGACCGCGGUGAUCCAGUCAAAGAUUCGAUGAAGUCGAAGAGGAUUCUGGGAAAUAUGAACGAGUUUGCUCAAACUAACAUGGAUAAAGGAAUAGCUGACUCUGCACCUGAAGCUCCGGCGGAUUAUGCCCUGAGAUAUAAAACUGGUAUUUCUGCCCCAAGACCCACUAAGAAGAUCUCAGAAUAUCAGAAACAAUUUGCAUGGAAGGCUGGAUAUCCAGCAUCACCCUUGCUUAAAGCUGAACAGGAAAUUGGCCCGAAAGAGGUGGUGUAUAACAGUUGCCCACAGUUAUCUCCGCCAAAGAAAUCUGUGAUCCCUAAAGUAACGGAGUACCAGAAACAGUUUAAGGCAUACAAGCUGAUCCCUGUUCCGAAAGAGGAAGAUAUUGAAGCACCUAAGAAGAAAACUAAACUGCAGAAGAGCAAGAGUAUGGAAGAUUUAUCCCCAGCUGAGAUAAAACCUGCAGGAUCAACCCCAGUUAUUUCCCCUGACAACAAACGUUUAACACUUGAAAGUGGCCAGUCAAAACCUGAACCUGUACCUGAAGUGCCUAGAAAGAAAACAAGACAGGUGAGAAGUGAGUAUGAUUCAAACUUCAAAGAGCCAAAUAGGUUUGACUAUGUGAAAGGCACAUGGCAUGGUGCAGCCCCACCUCAAGUUCGAAUUAAAGGACCUGAUGAACCACUGUGUGGUAAGAAGCCAAUGCCGGCACUUUCGAACUGGUUUGCGGAGGUGAUUGAGCUUCGCCGUAAAGCCCAAGAAUACCGCCAGCGUGCACUUGGCACACAUUUCUCUCGGGAACAUAUGGCCCAGUUAAUGGCCAAGCAGAAUGACCUUUGGGAGGCUUCAACACCCUCUGCUAGAAGUACAUUGUCUGCUUUAUCAUUGGAAUCUGGGCUCAAUUCUCAUCGUGAAAAACAAAGGAAAGGUGAAGGUCAUGUCUCUGUAGAGGCAACCUUAGCUUCAGAGGAUGACCAGAGUACCGCUCGUCUUGAUGAAGUUUCUCCAACAAGAGCUCAGGCCUGGGCCAGUGAGGGGGAAGAAUUUGAAGCCACAAGUCAAGGGACACCAUCCACAUUUUCUGACGAGCCCCCGAAUGCCUCUGGGCGGAUACCAACACCAAAGAUACGGGCACAGAUACUGACUGGUGAAAACCAACACAGACGACACCAUCUUGAUAGAACCACACCCUCUACAGGCGGAGCUAUUCUCAGUUCUCCACCUGAUUCCAAAAAGAAAAGGUCUGGCAAGAGAAUAGUUAGCCGAUCAGUUGACAGUUUUUCUCUAGGAACAGUUGAGGAUGAAACUCCAAGGCUAGAAACACAUAAGCCUUUGGCUGGUCAGAAGACAUAUUGUACACCUACAUUUGGAAUGCCAUCCAGGGAUACCCAUGCACUUAGGGAUGAUGAUGCCUCUACUGACAGGGAACUUCGUACACAGUUUGUCUACACUCCUGCUAAACUACAAGCUAAGGAAACCCCUGGUGGUCUGUCAGCCAUAGACGAAGGUUACGGUCUGACUUACAACAAACUGAAAUCACAUACCAAAAAUGCCAAGAAUCAAAGGGACUUUUCAUGGACGAUUGAUGGAGGUAUGACAAUACCUCGAGUUGACCAUGAUGAUGAUGUUUUGUCUGUAUCCGUACAGUCCAUGGCAUCAAGCUGUUCUCUUGCUUCAGAAACACUUGAACGAGCAAAGAAACGAAAGGAGGAAUUCUGGGGACAGAGCACAGUCAAAGCUAAAUAGGCUGGAAAAUUUUGAAGUAAUCUAGAAAAUGGGAGAAAAUUUAAAAAGAAAUUUAUAGAUAGGAUUUACUAUAUGUAAUAUACAUUUAUAUUCAGUGGAACUUUUGUGCCAAAUGUGUUGAUAAAAUUCUGUUCUGAUGUUGAGUUAAUGUGAUACUUAAAUUGAGAUAAUUAUUAAUUGCUAUUUGUUGACUUACUCGUUUUUAUGUGUUGAUAAGUGUCACUGCCAUCAUGUUGCAAAAAUAAGUUUAAAAAUUAACAAAAUUAUGAUUGGUUAAUUAAAGAUCUACCCAGCAGAAUGAACUAAUUAUAGGUAUGAAGGAGCUUGUGACCGGUUUUCAGUCUUGAGGUUUACAAAGUUGCGCUUUUCAUUUUUAACAUUUUAUUUUGUAAAUGUUGCUCAAAGAUAAAUAGAACAGCAUUUUGCUAGGAAUUAUGAAAACCUCAGAAAUUAGGCAGCUGCUAAUUGCUCCGUCCAUUGUUGGUUUUAUAUAUGUUUUAAACAUUAUAAAACUAAAUGUUGUUUUUUGUUAAUGAUAGAUUUUUGUAUGACAUAACUUUAUUAGGCUUGAUAUAUUUUUAACAUGAGUUAUUAUGGGACCAAGUCACCAAGAAUAAAAUGUUUAGCUUUAAUUUUAAAAUAAACAUUUAAUCUUUUUCUCUGUUCAUUGGCUCCUUCUUUUCCAAACAUUUAUCCUGUUUUAUUUUACACGUAUUUUCUCUUCUUUGAUUUCUUUUAAAUAAUUUAUCUCUAUUUUUUUUAAACCUUUCUUUAUACAUCUAUAAUGAGUUUCUAAUCUAGCUAUUUUAUUGUUUUGUCUUAGUUUUGUGUUUUAAGCCAUUAAACCUAUUGUAUAUAUAGUUUUAAAUUCUUAUCACUGGUUGCUAUAUAGCUCUUUAGUUUAUUUAUUGAUCAUACAGGUUUUAAUUUUGACUGUGAUAUUUCUUUUAAAUUGAAGAUUAUGGAUUUAGUUUGAGAACAAGGGUUUGAAAAAUAUAUCUGAUGUUUAUUUUAGGAAAAUGUGUUUUAUUGUUAAAUUUAUUAAAGACCUUUAAAUUUUUCUUCCGAGAAACAAAUCUCUUUUGUUUUUGGUACUUUUAAACACAUUCAAUGAAUGUUGUGGAAUCAGAUUGUUUCUUUAUGUAUCCAUUUCUCUUCCUUAUAAGUUUUUUUUUUCAGAAAUGUUUUGUCACAUCACUUAUUUCUUGCACCAGUUAGUGCAGAAUUAUAAUUUCAGAUCCUCAACUAAACAAGCUUAGUCUAUUUCAAUUUUUCUUUGUAUAUAAAUGUAUGAGUUGUAAAUAUACUCAUUUGUUUUUGUUUUUUUAAACGGUAAUUUUAUAUUGUGACUGUAGUUUUGAAAUAUUGAUAUGUAGUAUAAUAAAGUCUAGAUUUAAUAUGUAACAUAGUUUAAAAUGACAUGAUUAUUUACAGACAUUUUUAUUUGCAGUGGAUUUUGAAACAAUAUACAAAUGUUUUCAUUUAAUGUGAUGAUAUAUGUGCUUAUAGGACAAAAUGAAAUAUGAAAGUUUCAUCUUUUACUUUAAAAAUAUUACGUUUUGCUGUUUACAAUAAUUCAUAAAUAUGUUACACUUUACUUUGGGCAGAUUGUGUUCCAAAAAUGUAAAGAAAGUACAGUUUGUGUGUUUCUAACUUAUAAAACUGAGUAAGUUAGUCACUAUUAUAGUACAUGUAUUUGUAUUUGAUGAGGCUUAAAACAUAUACGCCAGACAAUUGUGUACAAUAAACAUAUCCUAAAAUUCAUGCAAUUAAUCUAUAAUAUGCCUGAACCAUAAGGCUUUGUAUUUCUUAGCCAAGACAUGUCCGUACUUUAUUACUAUCUUUGGCUAUGAGAAAUAUAUAGGUUUUUGUUUAAAGGUAACUUAAUUUAUUUGUAUAAUUAUAUCUCAAAUAUUAAUAUCCGAAUUGUUUAUUUUCUUAGAAAGGACAGUAAAAAUUACAUGUAUUUAUAUAAGUUAUAUACAUUUGCCGAUAAAAGAUAUCGAAAUAGUGUGUACUGUAGUGUAGAAUUUGUAAUACAUUUUGUACACCUUCAUAGGCUAUAGAAAAUAUAAUACACGUUUUCAUGCUAUAUGAGUGGUUUUUAUUAAUUAAAAUACCGGAAACAACAA